AUGUCAAUCCCAAUCACCAGCAGCUCCAGCAAGGAAACGCGCGCUUCGGUAUUGGAGAACGAGUUCGAGAAGUGUCCAGAUCCGGUAGCCCUUACUCAGAAUCCCGAUCCAUCGAAGAACUCAUCAUCAGGCGUGGACUACGAACCGUACCCGGAGCAGUCCAUGCAGCUCAACGCGGAGAGAGAGAAGAUUGUGCAGGCGAUAUGCAACUUGUACUCAGGCAGCGCGAGUAAAGAAGACAUGAUGGUCUACGCCGAGGAAGCCAUUUAUGACGAUCCAUGGAGUUACUGCGAUACACGAUACAAGAUCGCUGGCCAGUGGUACGGUAUUCCGAAGAUCAUGAAGUCCACUAGGACCAUUAAGACCCAGGUUGUGUCGUCAAAGCAGGAUGAAAUCAUCUUCAAACUGCAACAAGAAUACACGCCAAAGCCAAUGCCUAUUGCUAAGAAGGUGAACAGCCUGGUCACGUUAACACUGGAUCAGAAUGGGAAGGUGAGAUAUCACAAAGAUAUGUGGAACGAGAAAGACUACAGCCACGAGGGUCUCGGCAAGAUCAUGAAGGAGCUGAAUGGUGACCAUUUAACAAAAGUCACACAGCCGCCAGAGGAUCUAUAG